AUGACCUUCACCGAACACAUCGUCUACUGGGACGUAAAGCCCUUCGACGACUGGUUCGAGCCAUCCGACGCCUUCACCGCCCAAACAGGCAUCACGCACUGGGCCGUUAGCAGCGAAUCCCGAUCAGGAAUCUAUCGCUACAUUCUCUGGAUCUUUCUCGAGAGUGGUGCCUCUGGGUUUGGCCGCGACUACCGAUUUGUUGAUGAAUCGGGCGAUACGUAUUGUUUGACCUGCUGGACUGAUGGUAAUCAUUCUUUGAACUAUAAUUCCGACAAGCCGAAUAUUGUCAGGGUGUUUGCUGAGGAUAAGUGA